AUGGUUAAAUUAAACAAUGACAGAGAAUAUUGUUCUCUUCUAAAAAAAUUAGAAAAUGCCAAAAGAGUUUACAAAUCUUCCCCAGAAAAAAUAACUGGAAUUUGUCUGGAAUUGGCUGAAUAUCUUCGAAACAGUUUACUUUUAAUUAAUGAAUCUGAAAAACGAUAUAAUGAAGUAAUUUUGUGGGGAAAGGAGGAUGAAAGUUGUUCUGUUGAUUGUUCAUUGGCCUACAGGAAUCUUGCAGAAAUUGCUAUAGAAAAAGGUUUUUUUAAAUUUUCUAUAAAAAUUCCUAUGUGGUGCGCGCCCAAUUUUUGGAGCCGGAAGGCCUCCUACUCCCUGGUUACGGCCCUGGUUGAAACAGUUUAA